CUCCCGAAGGAACGGAGCGUCUGGGACUCCCGGCCGGGCUAUGAGCGGCGCCGCCUCCCAUCCGCCUUCCCUCGGGCUGCCCUCCCUCCUCCCUCAACUCCCCUCCCGAUCCUGUCCUUAGAAACGGCGCCGGCGUGAACCCGGAAGCUGGGCCUAGAGCGCCGCCGGAAGCGGAAGCGCAUUACGUCCGUUCCUUUUCGCCUUCCCCCACCUUUGAAAAGGCGGGGAUGUGAGGGCGGGCGGCGCGUGUCCGGGCUGUCAACGCCGGGUCGGCGGCAGCGGCGGGAUGGGCGACGACAUGGACGUGAUCCCCGAGAGGGAGAUGAAGGAUUUUCAGUUCCGAGCCCUGAAGAAGAUCCGGAUCUUCGAAGCCCCCGAGGAGCUGCCCAAGGAGCGUGGCAGCCUGCUGGCCGUGUCCAACAAGUAUGGGCUGACGUUUGCCGGUUGUGUGUCUGGACUGCAGGUCUUUCAGACGAAAAACCUGCUCAUGCAGAUUCAGGCUGGGGAUUCUCCUAAUAAAAUAGUAGAGAAUGUCCAGAGCCUUUUUGUUCCUACAAAGUUUCGGGUGCAUCACCUGGCGCUCAGCUGUGAUAACCUCACGCUCUCGGUCUGCAUGGCGUCCAGUGAAGUUGGGUCUUUUAUUGGCUUUUUCGACGUCCGUACCUUUGUGAAUCAGGCUAAACAACAAAAACGUCCGUUCGCUUAUCAGAAGAUGGCGGGCGCGCUGGUCAGUGACCUCAAGUGGAAUCCAACAAACGCCACAAUGUUAGCCGUCUGUUUGUCUGAUGGGAGCGUCUCGGUCCUGCAGGUGACGGAGGCUGUGAAGGUGUAUGCCACGCUCCCAGCCUCGGUGGCUGUCACAUCAGUGUGUUGGAGUCCUAAAGGAAAACAGCUGGCAGUGGGCAAGCAGAAUGGCACAGUGGUCCAGUAUCUGCCAAACCUGCAGGAGAAGAAAAUAAUUCCCUGCCCUCCAUUUUAUGUUUCGGAUAAUCCUGUCAAAGUCUUGGAUGUGUUGUGGAUUGGAACUUACAUCUUCACUAUCAUCUACGCAGCUGCAGAUGGGUCCUUAGAAACUGCGCCUGAAGUGGUCAUGGCUCUGCUUCCGAAAAAAGAAGAGAAGAGGCCUGAGAUAUUUGUGAAUUUUAUGGAGCCUUGUUAUGGUAGCUGCACAGAGAGACAACAUCAUUACUUCCUUCACUAUGUUGAAGACUGGGAUCUGGUGCUGUUAGCCUCUGCAGCCUCCACAGAAGUCAGCAUCAUUGCAAGGCAAGGAGAUCAGACCAACUGGGAGCUGUGGGUCCUGGAAGACUCCACCCGCGCAGAACUUCCUGUGACGGAUAAAAGUGACGACUCCUUGCCCGUUGGUGUUGCCAUUGACUAUAGCAGCAACACCCCCAUAACUAUCAGUGAAGAUAAGACCUUGGAUCCUGCGCCAGUGCUGCUGUUGCUAUCCACUGAUGGGGUAUUGUGCCCCUUUUACAUGGUCAACCAAAACCCUGGUGUCCAAUCUCUUCUGGUGACUCCCGAGUCUCUCUCUGCAGAAGGGGACAGAGGAGCAAAGACCGCAGGCACCACUCCUCCUGCUGCUGCUUCCAAGAGCGACGUUCCACCAGGUCCUCUGCCUCCAACAGCAUCCUUAGUCCCAAGCUGUGGGACCACCCCUUUCUCUUUUACAGCCCCCACCGUGAAAGUCCCUGCACCAGCUUCUGAUCCUUCUCUGCCUUAUCCUCUCUCAUCGGAGGCCUCAGCACCAGCUCCUGGGUCAAGUACAAGCAGAACCACUGAGUUCUCUUCCCCCGCCACCCCCAAAGCCUCACAAACUCCCGUCCCCUCGUCGGGGCUCAUCCCAUCUUCCACCCCACCUUUCUCCUUCGGAUCCGUGAGCUUUAAGAGCCGUGUCGACGGGUCCACUGGACCCACAGCUCCCGUGGGGACCAAGCCCAGUUUUGCUCCAGCGGCAUCCUCCGUCAAGAUCAACCUCAGCGAAAAGUUUGCGGCUGCCGAAUCUGCUGCCCCUCCUGUCAACAGCGGCCAAAACGCUUCGGCCUUCCCGUUCCCCCCCGCCGCGAAGUCUGCAUCUACAGGACCCCUAAGCCUGGGCACGCCAUCUUCUGCCCCAGUAAAGGCUUCCACCCCCGUGUCUUCUGCAACGGUGCGUCCUUCUCAGAGUGCGCCCCCAGCCUCUGGCCUUCAGAAAGCCGCCAAGAUAUCUCCGGCUGGGCCAAAAUCAAGCCCGUCGCAGAGUCGACAGCAGCCUCCAGGUGUUGGGAUGGAGAAACAGCCCUGCCAGUGGAAAGAGUCGGAUCCUGUCAUCAUAGGGAUAAAAGAGGAGAUCACCCAUUUCCAGAAAGAGAUGGAAGAACUAAAGGGUCGAACGGCCAAGGCCUCGUUCCAGGUGGGCAGUGAGGAAGAAAAGAAGAUGUUGCGAGUGGAAGCCAAUGACCUGUACACCUUUCUAUUGGAAAUCAAAGAGACCACAGAGUCCCUUCAUGGAGACAUCAGCCUUCUGAAGACCAAUUUGUUGGAAGGCUUUGCAGGGGUGGAGGAAGCCCGGGAGAAGGAUGAGCAAGCUCGCAACUCCGAGUACUUGCACUUGCUUUACAAGAAGCCUUUGGAUCCAAAGAGUGAAGCCCAGCUUCAGGAAAUUCGUCGCUUGCAUCAGUACGUGAAAUUUGCCGUCCAAGAUGUGAACGAUGUUCUGGAUUUAGAAUGGGAUCGACAUCUGGAGCAGCAAAAGAAGCAGAAGCGUUUAGCAGUCCCCGAGCGAGAAACUCUGUUCAACGCCCUCACUAACAAUCGGGAGAUCAUCAACCAGCAGAGGAAGAGGCUGAAGAAGCUGGUGGACAGCUUGUACGAACUCCGUUUGUACAACCAAGUGUCUCAGUGGAACGUGUCGACUCCCAGCUCCUCUCACACCAGCAUCCAGAGCUUAGAGAGCGAGCUGGAGAAUCUGAGUAACGCCUUGACGAAAGCCACGCUGGAAUCUUGCACCAAAGCUUCGUCCCCGUCACCCGCUAAAUUGUCUCUUGCGAAGCAGACCCAGCUACGGAAUUUCUUGUCCAAGAGGAAAGUGCCACCCGUACACUCUACUGCACCAGCUACUCUGGCCCAGUCAGCUUUUCUGUCUCUGAGAUACGAUGAAGACUUGGAUGAGAUCAGCUCUGUGUCUUCAGUUGCCCAGUCCCUGGAGAAUGAGGACAUUGAGGUGGUGGAUCAGGAGGAAGAGGAGGUGGUACCUAUCCAAGGGCCUCGUCACGCCCCUGUUGUCCGGACUCCUUCGAUCCAGCCUGCCCUGUUGUCACAGCCCCUGCCUCUUGGCAAACCCCACAUCACAAUGGGCACUUUAAUGUCUACACCUAAACCCGUCCCACCUGGAGCAGAGAACGCAAUGUUGGCAACGAAGACAGUGAAGCACAGAGCCCCUAUUCCUUCCGUCACUCUCCCGGCACCCCAAGCCGCUGCAGAAGCUGCGUUGAGGAGACAAAUGGCGAACCAGAACCCAGUUGUGAGCACCUCCCUGACCGAAUCAACUCUGAAGAAUGUCCCCCAAGUGGUAAAUGUCCGAGAGCUGAAAAGCAGUGCUUCUCCUCCUACAGUUUCUGCACCAGUGGGGUCAUCCGUUCCUCAGACAGCUGCCCAAGCUGUCCACCAAAUUUUGGCAACGGUGGCGACAAAUCAAACCAACCAGGGACCUCCAUCAAGCAGCCUUAAGAUGCUGACCCCGCCCAGCUCAGCAGCUGUCGCCGGAGCAUCCGUCAGCCAGACAUCCGUGGGGAAAAAGAAUUCAGGAUCCACGAAGACGGUUGCAGCUAUAACCUCAUCAACCAUAACAUCCAUCUCGGCCGCCGCUUCCCAGUUCAACAAAGACUUCACAUUUGCCCCCUCAGGGCCUGGGUUUAACUUUCCUGCAGUUCCUGCUGCUGCUACAACAUCAGGCUCUUCUGUUUUGGGAGCUCCAGCCGCACCAGCGAAAGAGCUGAGCCAGCCUGAAGCCUUUUCCCUUGGAGGGAGCAUGAAAUUUGCCCCCACGCCGGAGACCUCGUUUCCGUUUGGAUCCCCCAAACCCCCCACCCUUUCAGGGGCCUCUGUCAUCGGGAGCGCCAGCUCCGGAGAUCCAGGCCAGGGCAAUGGACAAGUGGCAGAGACUCCCCUUCCCUUUGCAGGCUCCACCAAGUUGGAGAACCUCUCCCCCAAGCAAGGCGAUCAGAUGUUCCAGGGCUCUGCAGCCGGAGAGACAUUGGGGAGCUUCUCCGGCCUGAGGGUUGGCCAAGCUGACGAGAAUGUCAAGGCAGCCCCUGCCAAGACGCCCUCCGCCAACGCGCCAGGGGUGCAGCCCUCUGGGUUUUCUCUUGGAAACGCUCUGUCGGCGAGCAAGCCUGCAGAGGCCACCACCACCUUGACCACGGGGACUGGUUCCGCACCCGCUGGCCCUGGUGGCAUCUUUGGCAACGUCCAUCUGGUCAGCGCUGGUCCUCCGGGCGUCUUCAGCCUCGCAGCCCCAGCGGGCAGUGGCAAGUCUCCUUUUGCUUUUGGGAGUCCCCAGGCCAAUGCCCCCCAAGCGUCACCUUCCCCAUCUUUGGCCCUUCCGCCAUCAACCGCAACCCUUUCAUUUGGGACUCUCUUGAGUUCUACGGCCACCACGGCUGCCCUUGCGAGUAAGGGAGAAGAGGAUGCCAAAACGGCCCCACCAGCGGCUGAAAAGCCUCCUUUGAAUGAGGGGGCCACAUUGCCCACAGCACAGCUCGCCCCCCAACCGUCUGCCGUGACCCCUGAGCAGCUUCCCCCGGAAGUGCCCCCUUCAGCGGCACCCCCACCAACAGAGGUGGAAGGGGGGCCCCUUCCUCCUCCUUUGGGAGCCGCGUCUAACAAAGACCUCUCUUCCACCACGGCUCCUAGCGAGCCCAAGGCUGAGGGGGCUCCGGCAGAGGAGCAAGCACCCGCCCCCUCACUUCCAGCAGCCACCGCUUCACAACUCACAGAAUCCACCAGCACACCUUCUUCCUCCUCCCCGAACGCCACCGCCUGCAUCCAGGCACCAGCCAGCGGCGCCUCCGCCUUUACAGCCACGGUUUCAACCCCGUCUGGGUUUGCGCAGCCCCCCGCGCCCUCUUCUUCUUCCUCUGGCUCGGCCUUCAGCCAGCCUACCAGCGAGGGCUUAACAAGCCCGUCUGCUCCACCUGUCUUCGGCCAGGUCUCCGUGGCCGCCCCGCCAGUGGCUUCUCCCUUUGGUCAACCGCCGGCCACCUCGCCGUCUUCCUCUGCCAUCGCUACCGGCUUCAGCACCACGGCCUUUGGGACCGCAGCCACCCCAGGCUUCGGCCAGUCCGCAUUUGGGCAACCUCCCGUUUUUGGCCAGCCCGCCAACACGUCAACCGGAUUUACGUUCAACCAGGCGGGCUUUGGAGCUGCCCCCACUUUUGGGCACACAGCUUCUUCCGCCACCCCAGCAUCCAGCAGUGGAAACGUCUUUGGGGCAGCGUCCAGCACCAGCACUGCCAGCUCCUUCUCCUUCGGGCAGCCUUCUACUGCUUCUGGACUUUUCGGCCAAACCGGCACUCCUGUUUUCGGGCAGAGUUCCACCUUUGGACAGAGCGGGGCCAUCUUUGCGAGUCCUGCCUCCAUGACUACCACCACCCCCACGUCUUCCGCCGGGUUCAGCUUCUGCCAAGCUUCUGCGUUUGGUUCCAGUAGCCCAAGUGCUGUAUUUGGGCAGGCUGCCAACACCAGUGGGAGCCUCUUCGGCCAGCCGUCCUCUUCCGGCGGGGGUCUGUUCGGGUCCGGCAGCAGCGGGAGAACGGGGGGCUUUUUCAGCGGCCUGGGGGGGAAGCCGAGUCACGAGGCGGCCAACAAAAACCCCUUCGGUUGCACCGGCAGCGGCUUUGGCGCAUCAGCCCCUCAGAAUACGUCAAAUCUUUUUGGAAACAGCGGCGCCAAAAGCUUUGGAUUUGGCGCCACUUCCUUUGGCGAGCAGAAGCCGAUGGGCACCUUCAGCUCUGGCGGAGGAAGCGUAGCGUCCCAGGGCUUCGGGUUCUCCAGCCCGAACAAAGCAGGUGGCUUCGGAGCUGCUCCAGUGUUCGGCAGCCCUCCCACCUUUGGGGGUUCCCCUGGGUUCGGAGGGGUGCCAGCAUUCGGUUCAGCCCCAGCUUUUUCAAGUCCUCUGGGCUCGGCGGGAGGCAAAGUGUUCGGUGAAGGGACCGCGGCGGCCAACACGGGCGGAUUCGGCUUCGGCAGCACGGCCAGCACCGUCUCGUUCGGCACGCUGGCGAGUCAGAACACCCCCACCUUCGGCUCCCUCUCUCAGCAGUCUACGGGUUUUGGCACACAGGGCAGCGGCUUCUCUGGCUUCGGGUCCAGCGGAGGAGGGUUUGGCUUCGGAUCGUCGAACGCGUAAGUCGGCAUCCCACCGUAUGUAUUUUCCAGCGGCAGUUUUCUGUACGCAAAAGCUUCUUCUGGGGG